AUGCCCAUGGAUGGCUCUGAGGUCUGGAUCGCCAAGCCCUCCAUCACAAACCAGGGCCUGUCUGUGUGCAUCUUCAACCGGGUGGCCGACCUGGAGCAGGCGGUGCAACAGGCGGAGGAUAUAAGGGAAUGGGUGAUUCAGCGGUACAUCACCCCGCCCCUGCUCAUCCAUGGGCACAAAUUCCACCUGCGGGCCUAUGCCCUCUGUGUGGGCAGCCUUGCUGUCUACGUGUAUGACGAAGUCCUCGUGUUGCUUGCAGGUGAGGAGUACGAUGCUGGCCUCAAUCGCUUGGACAACCUCGCGUCUCACCUGACCAACACCUGCCAGCAAGAUGGACUCGAUGGGGAAGAAGGAGAGAAAAAAGUUAUCAAACUGCUGUCUGAACUGCCGCAGCUGCUAUCUGAGGGCGGGCUUCCCAUAUGCAAGGCCAAGGAGCGCGUGGCUGCCGUUGAGACUGCGGUCCGGUCCAUCAUUGGGGAGUGCCUCGAGGCUGUCAGUGGAGAGCUCAAUUUCUUCACGAUGCCCAACUGCUUCGAACUCUUUGGGUUUGACUUGAUGGUGGACGCCGACUGGAACUGCUGGGUGCUGGAAGCGAACGCCGAGCCAGACUUCAAGCAGACGGGUCAACGGCUUAGAUGCAUCGUAGACGGGCUGGUGGAGGGCGUGCUGAGGCUUGUCGCCGACCCCUUGGCAGAGGAGCAGGGAGUGAGGCCCCCUGGGGAGCAAGAGGGUGUGAUUGGGAAGGGGCGGUGGCGCAAGGUGCUGGAGAAGGAGCAGCGGCCGUUCUUCGCAUGA